AUGAGGAUCGUGACGUUGCUGGUGCCGCUGCUGGUGCUGCUGCUGGCCGCCUCCAGCACAGCCACCGCAGGCAAACCGAUGGGUGAGGUCGGUCUGGACGAUGUGCGAUCAGCUCAUGAGCGGGUGCAGCGCUAUGUCCACAGGACCCCGGUGGUCACCAGUCAAUACUUGGACGAACUUUCCGGGCGACAGCUGUUCUUUAAAGCAGAAAACCUGCAGAAGACUGGAUCAUUCAAGGCUAGGGGGGCGUGCAACUGCGUCCUCAGCAUAUUGGAGCAGGAUCCGGGCGUGACCGGCAUCGUAACACACAGCAGCGGCAACCAUGGACAGGCGACGGCCUACGCGGCGCGUCUGGCCGGCCUGCCCUGUGCAGUGGUCGUGCCGCGGGACACAGCCUCGGUGAAGAUCGACGCGAUCCGCUCGUACGGCGCUGAGGUGCUCCUCUGCGACCCGACGCCAGUUGCCCGGCGGGAGGCCUGCGCCAGGGUGGUGGAGCAGAUGAACUACGCCGUCGCUGAGUCCAGCAACAGCUAUAGCACCAUCGCCGGCCAGGGCACCAUCGCCCUGGAGAUGCUCCAGCAGGUGCCGGACAUGGAUGCCAUCUUGGUGGCCGUCAGCGGCGGCGGCAUGAUUGCUGGCAUCGCUACCGUCGUGACGGAACUCAGACCAGAGUGCAAAGUGUUGGCUGUCGAGCCGGACGGCAAGCAGCUGGAGCCGUGUCUGCGGGCCGGCCGCCCGCUCUGGCCGGACCCGCCGCGCAUGCUGCGAACGCUGGCCGAUGGCUGCCGACUGCAGCAGUGCUCGCCGCGGGCGUUCGCCGUGAUACGCCGCCUGGUGGCGCCACCUGUCAUCAGCGUCACCGACCGCCAGAUCGCUGGCGCCACCCAGCUCUUUUGGCAGCGCACCAAGCUGAUCUAG